UUUCCACCGGCUCCGCGUCCGCCGCUGCCCGCGCCUCGUCUCCUUUCCCCUCCUCGCCCGGCGGCCGCCGCUGCCCGCGAUGGUGGCAGGGCUGCUGGGCGGCGGCGGCGGGGCCCGCGCGGGGACCGUGCCGCGCGCCUGGCUGUGCCUGAUGGCGCUGCUGCAGCUGCUGGGCUCGGCGCCGCGGGGCUCGGGGCUGGCGCACGGCCGCCGGCUCAUCUGCUGGCAGGCGCUGCUGCAGUGCCAGGGGGAGCCGGAGUGCAGCUACGCCUACAACCAGUACGCCGAGGCGUGCGCGCCGGUGCUGGCGCAGCGCGGCGGGGGCGACGCGCCGGGGGCCGCCGCCGCCGCCGCCUUCCCGGCCUCGGCCGCCUCGUUCUCGUCGCGCUGGCGCUGCCCGAGCCACUGCAUCUCGGCGCUCAUUCAGCUCAACCACACGCGCCGCGGGCCCGCCCUGGAGGACUGUGACUGCGCGCAGGACGAGAACUGCAAGUCCACCAAGCGCGCCAUUGAGCCGUGCCUGCCCCGGACGAGCAGCGGCAGCGCGGGCGGCCCGGGCGCGGGCGGGGUCAUGGGCUGCACCGAGGCCCGGCGGCGCUGCGACCGCGACAGCCGCUGCAACCUGGCCCUCAGCCGCUACCUGACCUACUGCGGCAAGCUCUUCAACGGGCUGCGCUGCACCGACGAGUGCCGCACGGUCAUCGAGGACAUGUUGGCUGUGCCCAAGGCGGCGCUGCUCAACGACUGCGUGUGUGACGGCCUGGAGCGGCCCAUUUGCGAGUCGGUCAAGGAGAACAUGGCCCGCCUGUGCUUCGGGGCUGAGCUGGGGAACGGCCCGGGCAGCAGCGGCUCGGACGGGGGCCUGGACGACUACUACGACGAGGACUACGACGACGAGCAGCGCGCCGGGGGCGCGGGCGGCGAGCAGCUGCUGGACGACGACGACGGCGUCCCGCACCCGCCGCGCCCGGGCGGCGGCGCUGCAGCGGCGGGCGGCCGCGGGGACCUGCCUUACGGGCCCGGGCGCAGGAGCAGCGGCGGUGGCCGCUCGGCGCCCGGAGCCGUCUGGACCCCGCUCGCCUCCAUCUUGCUGCUGCUGCUGCUCCCGCGGCUCGCUUAGCCCUCGCGCCCCCCACCGUGGGCUGCUGGAGGGCCGGCGCCGGGGCACCUGUGGCUGGGGGACAGAGGGGAUGGUUGGGAUCCUUUCCAAAACGUGCUGAGUAGACUCUGCCUAGCGGGUCUCCCCUUCACGACAACCCCCGUGUCCUCUCCCGA